AAAGGCGUGGAAACGCGCAGAACGUUGCACCGGUGUACAGCAACGCCUGACAGAAGCACAGAGGACGCAUCAUAGCUGCUAUCUUACUCUGGAAAACAACUUCACUAUCUUAUUUUGGUGUUGGUUUUUUUCAAAAGAAAAAUAAUAGAAUUGGGAGUUUGGAAGAGUCGAUAGGAUAUAUAUUCUCUACAUUUUGCCUGGUCCCGUUGUUGAGCGGAGCCUAGCCUACUACAAGACAAGCCAACGUUGUUGUGUGAUGAACGCGCCCUUGUCUUGAACCUGGGGGCCCGUUGAAACUGUCACGCGGAUCAAAGCCUUGUGAAUGGGAUGCUUUUCACGAUUGAGCCACCCUGGAACUGAAGACGUGUUAUUGUUUCUGGGGACUGCAAUGAGUGUGACACGGAUCUACCUUGAAGACUUCCCCAUCACUUCUAUCUUUGAACUCUUUACAAAGAAAGAGAUCUGUCCUUCUGGGCUACUGACUGACUGACUGACUGUGUGUCUGUGUGACAGACUGUGAGUGUCCGAGGUGUGUGACCGCAACCAUGCCCAUCCUAAAGCAGCUGGUAUCUGGUUCGUCCCAGAGCAAACAGCUCCGCUCCCGUAUGGACCUGACCCGGGAGAUGAUCAGCGCCCCCCUGGGGGACUUCCGCCACACCAUGCACGUGGGGCGCAGCGGGGACGCCUUCGGGGACACCUCUUUCCUCUCCACCCACUCCGGGGAGGCCCCCCAUCAGGCCGAACCCCAGGCCCAUCCCCACUCCCCCCGCCCGGGCCUUUUAUCCAGAACCUUCCGCAGCAGCAAACGCUCCCAGUCCGUCACCAGGGUGGACCAGAGAGACUGCUCGCUAGCGCCACCCGGUGGCUCGCCCACCUUCGUGAAGAACGCCAUGUCUCUCCCCUUCCUCAAUGAUGAAAACGGUGACCAUGUUGAUGGAGGACACAGGGUGCCUAAGAGCCUCUCGUCCAGCCCACUGAAACAACUGAAUGAGCAGGAUGGAGGUGGAGGUACCUGGCCGUCUAAUGGGGCCGCUGCUGGGGCCCGCUCUCUGGAGCUGGAUGAGAGGAGCUUUGGGGAGCUGACUGACCUGCCAAGCCCCAGCCGCGGGUACUACGGAGGGGGGAUGAAGCACGCGGUGUCGGUCAUGUCGUUCCACAUCGACCUGGGGCCCUCCAUGUUGGGGGACAUCCUGGGGGUGAUGGAGAAGGAGGAUGAUGAUCUGGGAUACGAGGAGGGGAAGAGCAAUGAGGGACGGGCCUCUUCUACACUACUUCUGGGGAGGGAGGUGGGAGGAGAGGAGGAGGGAGAAGAAGAUGAACCGGAAGCUGAGCUGCUGCAGGAGGAGGCGGUCCCUGUACCUGUGAGUCCAACCAGCUCUGUAGAACCUGCGGUGGGAGAGGACGAGGGAGCACCCUACACCCCAGAGUACACCCCAGAGCCCCGCCCUAAACACCUGCAGCACCAAUUAGAUACCUGUUCUGUGUCCAGCUCCGCCUCUGGCUCCGCCCACGUGGAGCAGGAGAAACCAGCCGGACAGCUCCACGGGGGGGAUACGGACAGUGCCACUUUCAGCGCCCCACCUGAGGAGGAGGAGGAGCUGGGAAAGUUUUCUUCCUUCUUGGAGGACGAGGAUGAUGAGAUCCGUGUAUGAAACAAGACGUACAAGCUCAAACCAUAUACGGAGCGGAUAAGUGUUUAUUAAUACAGAUGGAUAGAUUCUAUACUGAGUGGAUAUGGAUGAGUACAGAUGGAUAGAUUCUAUACUGAGUGGAUAUGGAUGAGUACAGAUGGAUAUGGAUGAGUACAGUAUAAAGUCAACUCUAUAAAGCUCCACAUCACGACAGAGACGUAUAGAUUGGAUGGCUUACAGGAUGAGUACAGUAUAAAGUCAACUCUAUAAAGCUCCACAUCACAACAGAGACGUAUAGACUGGAUGGAUAUGGAUGAGUACAGUAUAAAGUCAACUGUAUAACGGCCCACAUCACGACAGAGACGUAUAGACUGGAUGGCUUACAGGAUGCUGUGGACGACGUGUUGAGUUGAUACAGGAAUGAAUGAAUUACUACUGUGGAUGAAACUACUCUAUAAAGGCCCAUAUUAUGACAGAGGUGUACAGUCUAUACUGGGUGGAUAUGGAUCACAGUAGCAGUACCUCCUCUGGUAGAGUGAAUGACGUGAAUUAAAUAGAAGAAGAAACUGAUAGUGCUCCCUCUGUCCUUCCUGUGAGAAAACAAACAUCUGGACAUAGUCAUGUGGACUGGGAUCUGUGGACUGGGAUCUGGGAUCCUGAUUCAGGGACAAAGAGAAAGACAGUCUGUAGGACACUGGCUCCUUCUGGAUGAAUACAAACCCCAUCUGUUACAUACAGAACAGCUUGCUAACGUCUCCCUCACACACACCACAUUACAGCGUCUGUCUGUGUCUGUCUGUGUCUGUCUGUGUCUGUCUGUCUGUCUGUCUACUGAGAGAACUGACAUGGAAGAGCAGUCCAAGUGUGUGAACUCAUGUAUUUAGGAGAGACACUUAAGAAAAUAACAUUUUGAUAAACAACAUGUCUUUGUUAAGCCUCUGUCCAGUGCUAUUCAUUCCCUUUACAUGUGUCAUAAUAAUAAGGGCUUUUCUUCAUUGUUGAUCUGUGCCAUUUCAUAUGAUGUAGCUCCUCUCUUGUUCUGUGCUCCUCUCUGCCUGUUAAGUGGAACUGUGUUGGUGUAAUCAAGUGGUCUGGCCGGAACAGAGAGCUACUGUUACCGUGGUGAUGGGGACCUGGCUGCCUGUCUGUCACAACAAAAAGGCUUGUGUUGUGUGUAUCACUCCACCAGCUGUGAUGAGGCUUUUUCCAUGCUAGAGCCUGGUAGAGAAUCGUGACUAGAGCCUGCUAGCUACAACAUUGUGACUAGAGCCUGCUAGCUACAACAUUGUGACUAGAGCCUGCUAGCUACAACAUUGUGACUAGAGCCUGCUAGCUACAACAUUGUGACUAGAGCCUGCUAGCUACAACAUUGUGACUAGAGCCUGCUAGCUACAACAUUGUGACUAGAGCCUGCUAGCUACAACAUUGUGACUAGAGCCUGCUAGCUACACUACUGUUCAAAAGUUUGUGGUCACUUAGAAAUGUCCUUGUUUUCCAUGAAAACAUACCUGAAAUAAGUUGCAAAAUUAAUGGGAAAUAUAACCAAGAUGUUGACAAGGUUAUAAAUAAUGAUUUUUUAAAAAUUGAAAUAGUGUCCUUCAAACUUUGCUUUCGUCAAAGAAUCCUCCAUGUGCAGUAAUUACAGCCUUGCAGACCUUUGGUAUUCUAGUUGUCAAUUUGUUGAGGUAAUCUGAAGAGAUUUCACCCAAUGCUUCCUGAAGCACCUCCCACAAAUUGGAUUGGCUUGAUGGGCACCUCUUACGUACCGUACGGUCAAACUGCUCCCACAACAGCUCAAUGGGGUUGAGAUCUGGUGACUGUGUUGGCCACUCCAUUAUAGACAGAAUACCAGUUGACUGAUUCUUUCCUAAAUAGUUCUUGCAUAGUUUGGAGCUGUGCUUUGGGUCAUUGUCCUGUUGUAGGAGGAAAUUGGCUCCAAUUAAGUGCCGUCCACAGGGUAUGGCAUUGCAAAAUAGAGUGAUAGCCUUCCUUCUUCAAGAUCCCUUUUACCCUGUACAAAUCUCCCAGUUUACCACCACCAAAGCACCCCCAGACCAUCACAUUGCCUCCACCAUGCCUGACAGAUGGUGUCAAGCACUCCUCCAGCAUCUUUUCAUUUUUUCUGCGUUUCAUGAAUGUUCUUUGUGAUCCGAACACCUCAAACUUAAAUUAGUCUGUCCAUAACACUUUUUUCCAAUCUUCCUCUGUCCAGUGUCUAUGUUCUUUUGCCAAUCUUAAUCUUUUCUUUUUAUUGGCCAGUUUGAGAUAUGUAUUUUUCUUUGCAACUCUGCUUAGAAGGCCAGCAUCCCGGAGUCGCCUCUUCACUGUUGAUGUUGAGACUGGUGUUUUGCAGGUACUAUUUAAUGAAGCUUCCAGUUGAGGGCGUGUGAGGCGUCUGUUUCUCAAACUAGACACUCUAAUGUACUUGUCCUCUUGUUCAGUUGUGCACCGGGGCCUCCCACUCCUCUUUCUAUUCUGGUUAGGGUCAGUUUGCGCUGUUCUGUGAAGGGAGUAUUACACAGCAUUGUACGAGAUCUUCAGUUUCUUGGCAAUUUCUCGCAUGCCCUUCAUGAAGAGCCAUGCUUCAUUUCUCAGAACAAGAAUAGACUGAUGAGUUCCAGAAGAAAGUCCUUUGUUUCUGGCCAUUUUGAGCCUGUAAUCGAACCCACAAGUGCAGAUGCUCCAGAUACUCAAUUAGUCUAGAGAAGGCCAGUUUUAUUGCUUCUUUAAUCAGAACAACAGUUUUUAGCUGUGCUAACAUAAUUGCAAAAGGGUUUUCUAAUGAUCAAUUAGACUUUUUAAAAUUAUAAACUUGGAUUAGCUAACAUAACGUGCCAUUGGAACAGGAGUGAUGGUUGCUGAUAAUGGGCCUCUGUACACCUAUGUAGAUAUUCCAUUAAACCUUUGAACAGUAGUGUAUAACAUCUUGACUAGCGCCUGCUACCUAUAGCAUCUUGACUAGAGCCUGCUACCUAUAACAUCUUGACUAGAGCCUGCUACCUAUAACAUCUUGACUAGAGCCUGCUAGCUAUAGCAUCUUGACUAGAGCCUGCUACCUAUCUACUACCUAUAACAUCUUGACUGGAGCCUGCUACCUAUAGCAUCUUGACUAGAGCCUGCUACCUAUAGCAUCUUGACUAGAGCCUGCUACCUAUAACAUCUUGACUAGAGCCUGCUACCUAUAACAUCUUGACUAGCGCCUGCUACCUAUAACAUCUUGACUAGCGCCUGCUACCUAUAACAUCUUGACUAGCGCCUGCUAGCUAUAGCAUCUUGACUAGAGCCUGCUACCUAUAGCAUCUUGACUAGAGCCUGCUACCUAUAACAUCUUGACUAGAGCCUGCUACCUAUAACAUCUUGACUAGCGCCUGCUACCUAUAACAUCUUGACUAGCGCCUGCUACCUAUAACAUCUUGACUAGCGCCUGCUACCUAUAACAUCUUGACUAGCGCCUGCUAGCUAUAGCAUCUUGACUAGCGCCUGCUACCUAUAACAUCUUGACUAGCGCCUGCUAGCUAUAGCAUCUUGACUAGCGCCUGCUAGCUAUAGCAUCUUGACUAGCCUGCUAGCUAUAGCAUCUUGACUAGCGCCUGCUAGCUAUAGCAUCUUGACUAGCGCCUGCUAGCUAUAGCAUCUUGACUAGCGCCUGCUAGCUAUAGCAUCUUGACUAGCGCCUGCUAGCUAUAGCAUCUUGACUGGCGCCUGCUAGCUAUAGCAUCUUGACUAGCGCCUGCUAGCUAUAACAUCUUGACUAGAGCCUGCUAGCUAUAACAUCUUGACUAGAGCCUGCUACAUGUCAGAACAAUAGAUCAUCUUGUUAGUUCAUUGUUACAUCAACACCAGUUCUGUUUCACAUUCUGACAUUUUCCUCACAUUAUCAGUGACAUGUUACAGACAUUCGUUGCUGUGACAUGUUACAGACAUUCGUUGCUGUGACAUGUUACACAAGUCACCUAUUUGUCGGUUGGUGUUUGUUGCCUCAACCUCUUGUCAUUUCCUGUAAUAAAGUGGACUGUGGGCGGGAGGAGAUUUCCCCUGUUUACCUAGCACUCUCCCAGCCUGAUGCUGUUGGUUUACCAGCGUUAGGAGGGUCGUAAAGCAGACCGAUGGAAGCAUAGGACCUGUGGUGAUUAUCAAACACUGGUUACAGCAGGACGUUUAGAGCAGAAGUGUGUGUACACCAAACUGAAGUGGGGAGAGGUGUGUGUGUUCCUCUUUCUCCACCUGCAGAUCAGGUUAGAUCAGUUUUGUGAAAUUCGGAUGCAAAUUCUCUGAUUCUAUUUGCCUAUGAUUUGUCUAUAUUUCUCUGCAAUGAAAAUCCUUCUGCAAGUGUGUGUCAGUCAGGUUCUGCAAUAAUGUCAGAGCUGACAGGCUACAGAGUGUCUGAUAAUAACAGCCAACCACUUCCUUCCUUCCCCACUUAGAAAGAGAAACUGUUCAUAGCUGCAGUAGUCUAGUGCACCACUAGUCCAGUGCACCACUAGUCCAGUGCACCACUAGUCCAGUGCACCACUAGUCUAGUGCACCACUAGUCUAGUGCACCACUAGUCCAGUGCACCACUAGUCCAGUGCACCACUAGUCCAGUGCACCACUAGUCCAGUGCACCACUAGUCCAGUGCACCACUAGUCCAGUGCACCACUAGUCCAGUGCACCACUAGUCUAGUGCACCACUAGUCUAGUGCACCACUAGUCCAGUGCACCACUAGUCCAGUGCACCACUAGUCUAGUGCACCACUAGUCUAGUGCACCACUAGUCCAGUGCACCACUAGUCUAGUGCACCUGGCCUGACUGCAUCAACAUGUCACUGCAUUCCAAAUGGCACCCUGUUCACUACAUUGGGCCCUGUAGGCCCGGGUCCAAGAGGGUGCACUAUAUAGGGUGCCAUUUGGAAUGCUGUUCUCACUCACCUCUAGGGCCCUCACUAGGGCGGUCCAGCUGUCUCACUAUUGAACUGGACCUUUUUAGUGUUCAUUAGGGCACACCGUAUCAAAAUGUUUUUGCAAUAGAAAAUGAACAUUUGUGUUGUUAUUGGAGACGUUCAGGUAGAAUCUCUCCACCUAAAUAUGCCCCUGGCUGGUAAUUAUAGCCUUAUGUUUUGUUAAACCAGACGCGGUGUUGUGCUCUGUUAAACCAGACGCUGUGUUGUGCUCUGUUAAACCAGACGCUGUGUUGUGCUCUGUUAAACCAGACGCGGUGUUGUGCUCUGUUAAACCAGACGCGGUGUUGUGCUCUGUUAAACCAGACGCGGUGUUGUGCUCUGUAACAUGUUGAUGAUGCUUUGUAUCUGGACAUACAGACAGAGAAUAUCUGUUAAAAUUACUAUUUAAUUACACAAAGUGUUGAAAGACGUGUAUAAACAGGGGCGCAACUUUCACUGGGGACAGGGGUCCCCCCCCACAUUCUGAAAUUGUAUUUUUGUCCCCCCCAGUUUUAUCAUUGGAAUGUGAUACUAAAUGUGGCAACGGUGUGCUUUAGGACCAUGUGGACGCCUCCCGAGAGGUUGGGUUUGGAGUGUUUAUCUGAUGGGAUAUUUUUUGUUUGUUUGUUGAUAUGUCCCCCCCCCACCCCCCACUUCUAAAACCAAAGACACGCCCCUGUGUAUAAAUAUGUGUGUCUGGCUUCAGAAAGAAAAGCAUUAUUGAAGAAGACGACUGCUUCACAGGUAUCUAUCUGUACGGGGAUGCAUUAAGGUGGCUGACUGUUCCUUUUUUUACACUGUGUGAGAUCUGUCAUUGUUCUAGUGUGGGCAGCAGUGAGUGAAUAUGCCAGUGAACAUACCUUAUUCUUAAUAGUGACGUCUAUAUCUAUAUAAGAUGUUAUAAGUCUCAGUCAUAACUCGGUCCCAAAUCGCACCAUAUUUCCUAUAUAGUGACCUACUUUUUACCAGGGUCCAUAGGGAAUAACCAGGGUCCAUUCAUCCUAAAUGGCACCCUUUUCCCUAUAUAGUGCACUAGGGACCAGAAGUAGUGUACUGUAAAGGGAAUAGGGUGCCAUUUUGGAUGAAUCCUAAGACUGACAAUGAGCAUCAGUAAUAUAAUCACAAAUAACUUUGGUUAUGGAGCUCAAUGUUAUGAGAGCCUGCCAGACUUCUGGUCCUUCCUCCUUGAUUGGUUAAUCACUGUAGAUAUCCAGUUAAAUGGCCAAUAUUCUGGCUCUGCUUCUUUGUUGAUUAAUCAUUGUACUUUUUUUAUCAGUUAUUAAAAGGCUCCCUCUCUGAUUUCAGACGAGCCAGAAAUAAGUACUGUAAUUGUUUCAACAUUUUAUCUCCUAGAAAAGAAGAUGGAAAAACAUUGAAUUUAUUUGUUACAGUAUAGUCAUUGUAGCCUGGUUGACGAGGCUCUUCACAGUUCUCUCUUCACUUUAACACUAACAGUCAAAUAUUCACAAUUACCCAUGUUUAAAAUCAUGAGGCUGCAAUGAAAGCAAAAUGGAGGAUUCUGUUGCCAAUACCUAGGUAUAUUUGUGUUGAAGCUGUAUAUUAUCUCUUGCUAUUCUUUGUCUUUAUGUGAAUAAUGUGUGUUUUACACGCUCUCCUUACUCUCCCAGAGAACUGCUCUAUUGUGUAAUAAAACACAAGCUGACCGUCA